AUGACCUCUCCUGCCAGGCCAGCCCCUGAACGGACUGGUGGCCUGGUGGGCGCCUGGGACCCUCUGUUCAGAGCUGUUGGCGGCCGAGCUGGGAACUCUGCACCUGGCUCACUGGUCCCUGAGGACGGGCUGCGGACGGAGAUGAAGCCAAUAACUGUCAUGAGCGCUCGUGACUGUGAGGCAGCCGGACCCCAGCCAGGCCUGAGGACAAACCGCAGGCACCUCAGCAGGCCCGGGAGGCGUGUGGACGCCGGGACACGCGCUCCGGGUCUGACGGCUGCGCUCCUGCUUCCCUCCAGGUCCGUGUUCACGCUGAAGGUCCAGGUGAAUGACAUCAUCAGCCGCCAGCCCCUGAGCCGGGCGGCGGUCGAGGUGUUUGUCAACCACACGAAGACGAAUUCCGCCGCCACCGGGAGCCAGGGCUCCGUGCUGGUCCGCGUGCCCUUCGCGCUGGGCCUCGGCCUCACCAUCCUGGCGCACAAGGUCGGCUACGUGCUGGCCCCGCUGGCCUGGAGGCCCGGCCAGAUGCCAAUAUAUUCAUCAGUGACGCUUUCACUGUUCCCGCAAAGCCAAGCAAAUAUAUGGCUGUUUGAAGACACCGUUUUAAUUACUGGAAAGUUAGCCGAUGCCAAAUCUCAACCAAGUGCCCAGUUUUCAAAAGCCUUCAUCCAGCUCCCGGACCGCCACCACCUGGGCAACGUGACCGGCUACCUCACCGUCCUGCAGCAGUUUCUGAAAAUGGACAGUUUCCUGUAUACGACCGGAGUCACGCUGAACAAAUCAGGUUUUGAGAGCAUCGAGCUGACGCCGCUGGCCGCGGUGUGCGUGAAGAUGUACGCGGGCGGCAGGGAGCUCCAGGUGGCCGGCUCCGUGCAGCUUUCGCUCCCGCUUCUCCACCCCCAGGGCGUGAGGGCGGGGGACCCCCUCCCCGCCUGGACCUUCGACAUGAACACAGGUACUUGGAUCAGUCACGGCCGGGGAGUGGUCAAGGACUACAAUAAUCAUUUAAUCUGGAUGUACGACGCGCCGCAUCUGGGCUACUGGAUAGCAGCUCCGCUUCCAGGAACUAGAGGCCCGGGCGGCGGCGGAGACUCCCCGGACAUCGCCGCCUACCACACGGUGUUCCUGACGGCCAUCCUGGGGGGCACGGUCGUCAUCGUCGUCGGCUUCUUCGCGGUGCUGCUGUGCUAUUGCAGGGACAGGUGCGGCCCUCCCCAGAAGAGGGACAGGACGGUCACCAAGCUGGAGGCCCUCAGGAGAGACCAGACCACGUCCACCACGCACAUCCAGCACAUCGGCUCGGCCAAGGCCGCCCUGAGAGCCGAGGACAGGGGGAGCCCGUCCCGCAGCCCGCAGAGGCCCGGCCUGGCCAGGCCCGAGGCGGAGGAGCGCGUGGCCCUGGUGAAGACGCGGGAGCACUUCCAGCUCUACGGGGAGGACGCGGCCUUCCUGCCCGCCCAUCAGAGGACGCCCGCGCCGGCCUCGGAGCCCCGGCCGCUGGCACGCGCCCCGGGCAGCCUGGCCCCCCGGGGGGAGGCCAACGAGGAGACGCGGUAG